CAUGGGCACACGAUUCCAUCCUGAGUGUGCAUGCUCGCUCGGUGCUGUGAUGUCGCGAUUGCUUUCGUGCCAGAGCUUGUACUGGAUGAGCGUGCGGAACUCAAGGGGGACGGACGCUGGCGAGCAAGUAUACGUCACGGGGGAGAGCCAGGAAGGGGCGUUGAGUGAAACCGUCUGGGGUAAGGAGGGGUGGUACGAUAUACUUAUACGCGAAAUUCUGGGACCGGCGCGUGCGUGACAGGGGCGAUUGGGAGGCGAUUCUCCAAGCCGGUGUCAGUGCUGCUCCCCCUUGACCAGCAUGUCAGACAUCUGAGCAUUCUCAGGACCGCUCGUUUUCCCGCACAGUGCGUCCUCGGGUACAACAUCUCCAUGGACGCUGCCGUCACCCCUCCGCUCCGCGUACUCGUCGCCCGCGCCGAGGGCAUCUCGGCAGCCGCUGCCCAGUCCCGCUUACAUGCCUUCCUGAACAAAUACGAGGACCGUCGCAGGCUCGCGUCCAACGGCGGCGACUCGACCAUCUCAGCUCAGCUGGAAAAACUGACAGACGCAUUGAACGAAGAAGCUGAUGCGCGCAUGAAGCACGCCUCGCAGAAGUAAACGCCGCGAAGUGUGUUUGCCUUUCAGAGAUCGCUAGACCUGAGUCAUAAAAGCUGUCUCAUUCAAUUACUGUCUUGGGCACGAUCCCUUCCAAUCAACUUCCGUUCUCAUCAUGUUCGCACUGUAUGACAUCUACAACAACGUGCCUAUCUGACAUC